CAACAACAAAGUGCAAAUUUCUACAUAUUACAGCGCAACAGCACGUGUCGCUUUGAUUUGAUCUCGUCUCGGUUUUUCUUUGUAGUCUCGUAGUCGUCCAACUCCAGCCCUUAACUUUGAAAUGUUUUACUUAAUCGGCCUAGGUCUUGGUGAUCCAAAAGAUAUUACAGUCAAAGGCCUUGAAAUCGUCCGCAAAUGCCAGAGAGUAUUUCUUGAAUCUUACACAUCAAUUCUUGGUUGUCCAAAGGAGGAGCUGGAAGAAUUCUAUGGACGACCAUUAUUAAUAGCUGAUCGGGAUCUCGUUGAACAAGGUGCCGAUGAAAUACUAGCUGGAGCCGAGAACGAAGAUGUUGCACUUCUGGUUGUUGGCGAUCCAUUCGGAGCAACCACACACACCGAUUUCAUUUUGCGAGCCAAAGAGAAGAAAAUCUCUUACAAGGUCAUCCACAAUGCUUCAAUCAUGAAUGCAAUCGGUUGCUGCGGUCUGCAGCUGUACAAAUUCGGUGAGACUGUUUCCAUUCCAUACUGGGAUGAAACCUGGAAGCCUGAUAGCUUCUACGAUAAAAUUAAGUUAAAUCGUUUAAAUAACAUGCACACACUCUGUUUGCUGGAUAUCAAAGUCAAAGAACCAACUUUGGAGUCUCUGAUGCGACGGCGAAAGGAAUAUCUUCCGCCUCGAUUUAUGAGUGUUCAAGAGGCAGCCACACAGGUGCUGACAAUUGUUGAGAAAAAAGACGCUCUCGAGAAGAAUACCGUCUUGAAUGAAAAAUCAUUGUGUGUUGGCUUAGCCAGAGUCGGACAUGAUAGCCAGCAGAUUGUGGUCUGCACACUCAGGCAAAUGAGCAGCACAGACCUUGGCGGCCCUUUGCAUUCAAUGGUUAUUCCUGCCAAGGACAUGCAUCCGCUGGAAGUUGAAUUCCUGCAGCAAUAUGCGACAAUCAAGUUAGACGAGUACAAUAAUUGACGAGUGUGUAUUAAUUGUAAAAUUCCACCGACAUAAAUAUAUGAUUAUUUUUAUAAAAAAAAUAAAAACAACCCCAGCAUUUUUGGAGCAAAGUUAAAUAAACAAACAAAAUAGUGCAUAGGUAAAAUUGA